UGUAACCAUUGUUGAUUUAUUAAUUUUUGUUAGUUUUAACUUUUAGUACUUAGUGAAUAUUACUACUGCUAGUUGUAACCAUUGUUGAUUUAUUAAAUUUUAAAAUUAAUAUUAUGGCUGAUGUUAUUUGCCAAGCAGCCAGGUGCCAGAUGAGAAUAUAGCUAAACUCACAGAACCUAUCCAUCUAAAUAUUUAACAUUGACUUGUUUCUACCAUUGAUAAAAACUGCCAUAGGUUGUGAUGACUGCCAUGCAAAUAACAUAACUCAUGAAGAAACUUAUAAAGUCAUAAAAUGUAUAUCUAUAAACAAUAAUACUAGAUUGAGCAAAGUAGUUGUCUUACAUCAACUUCAUUUCAUAUUUAAAUUGUCAAAAGAGACUCGAGUUCUACUGACUUAGCUGAGCCGGUAUUUCAGAUCUCGCAGGAAUCCAUGUGAAACUUUCCUUUCGUACAAAGCUGCCAGUACAAGUGGAAUAUUUAGUCAAGAGAUGCUAUCUUAGUGAUUCAGCUUUAUGAGAUUAAAGCAGCGUAUGAGACAAAGCUGGUCAUCUGCCAGAAAAACUUACCAGCCUGAUAUUGGCAACAAGUGUCAGAAACCGAAGGAAAAUGGGAAAGUGUUGUGGAAAAGCAAACACCAAAUUUCUUCCAGCAGCAUGUGCUUGGACUCUCUUGAUAUCAACAACAACCUUGUUUUUUGCUUUCCCCUGUCUUUAUUUGGCUUGUGAAUAUCAUAUAGCCAUUCCCAUUGUUCAGGGUGUCAUCACGUUGUUUGUCUUGGCAAAUUUUUCCUUGGCUACUUUCAUGGACCCUGGGAUCAUUCCGAAAGCAAACCCAGAGUCGGAUAGGUCAGAGGACUUUCGACAACCACUCUACAAGAACGUGGAGAUAAACAAAGUAACUGUGCGGAUGAAAUGGUGUAUGUCCUGCCAUUUUUAUCGACCACCGAGGUGUUCCCACUGUAGUGUCUGCAAUAGCUGUAUAGAGAGUUUCGACCAUCAUUGUCCGUGGGUUAACAACUGUAUAGGGAAGAGAAAUUAUCGCUAUUUCUUCCUUUUUCUUAUCUUUCUUAGCAUUCACAUAAUCAGCAUCUUGUCAACAUGUAUCAUUUUCACCCUAGAUCACAAAGGACGGCUGACUGAUCCUGCAGCUAUCGUCACAUUUGUGGUUAUUGGUGUAAUUUUCCUUGUGUUCAUCCCAAUUUUGGGUCUCACGGGAUUUCAUUUGGUGCUCGUUUCCAGAGGAAGAACUACAAAUGAGCAGGUAACAGGGAAAUUUCGAGGAGGUUAUAACCCAUUUUCCAGGGGUGGCUGGGCCAACAUUUGUUUCAUGUUGCUUGGACCUCAAUAUCCUAGAUUCAAAAAUUCAAGCAGCAAAGCAGUGUCUGUGCCACCCAGAUCAGUAUCAGGAAUUGUGUCUGAAAAUCAGGUGAAAACUUACGUUGGAAACAAGACUGCUGCUCCGAGACAUUCAAACACCCAUACGUACAACAAAAUGUGUCCGGGAAUUGCAGAUACAUCAGAUAUGGAUAUCACGAUGGAUUCCUUUGAUACUUCUCAGAGUAAAUCUCAGGAUUGUGACCCAUCUCCACCAUUGCCACAUCAAGGGUCCAAGACUAACUUCUUUUUGCCAGAGACGAAAGAAAUAACCAGGACACCAUCUUUGGUGUUCACUUACCAAAACCAGCAAUAUUCUGCCAAACCUGUUUAUACUUCUGGAAGACCACCUACUCCACAGACUUUGAGAACAGUGGAAGUUUUUGAGAACCAUGGGACCCUUAACUCAACAGCAAUCCAAAAGCAUCAGUGUUCUGCCAAACCUGUUUACACUUCUGGAAGGACAGUGGAAAUUUUCGAAAAUCCUGGGACUCUUAACUCCACAGCAAUCCAAAAGCAGCAGUGUUCUGCCAAGCCUGUUUACACUUCUGGAAGACCACCUACUCCACAGACUUUGAGAACAGUGGAAGUUUUUGAGAACCAUGGGACCCUUAACUCCACAGCAAUCCAAAAGCAGCAGUGUUCUGCCAAACCUGUUUACAGUUCUGGAAGACCAGUGGAAGUUUUUGAUAACCAUAGGACCCUUAACUCCACAGCAAUGUGGUCUAGUGUAAAGUGCUCACCGGUGUCAAGUCCAACAAAUAGUUCAACUCAAAGAGCCAGUCCUGGUUCUCCACCAGAAAGUAAGCAUCAUCGUACUCAGCUGGUCUACUAUGGUAUAGCAGGAAGUCGUAAAGGUUCAAGGAGCAUUAGUCCCAAUCGCAGGUUAGCAGUUGAAAGAGAGCUUGCUCACAUUGCAUCUGAAGAAGCUAAUGGUAACUAUCACCACUGUGGGAAUAAUAGUCAUGUUAUCACUAACCUACAGGACAUCUCAGAGUGUACUGUUUUUGUGCCUGCAUUGAGAAGUAGUGUGCAGUCUGGGGGGCAUCCUCUUACGUACCACUCUUCUGGUGAGUCCAAGGCUCCUGUUUCCUAUAGUUCAGAUUGGCCUGUAGUUAACAGCUACCCCAGAGUUUAUAAUCAAUGUCGCUACGUUAGUGUAGCCGAUCCAACAUUGUCAGAACUGGGAACUUCUGAAGUUACCCAUUCACACGUUCGUAGACCCAUGUCAUUUGUGAAAGCCUUAGAAAUGUCUGAGUAUGAAGGGGGUAAGGGAACAAGCAUUUCUAAGUCAGAGUCAAGACACCAAACCCCACUAGCUACUGCUAGUAGUCACCAUAACCUUCGGCACAGUAUUCAUGAUGAACAGAAGAAUAGGUAUGAAGUAAACUAUGAAAUAUCAGUUUGACGGUGAAAUUCUGACAAGAUUUUAGUGAAUGAAAAGCCAAGUUGUCUUAUUGAACCACGAAAAUUAAUUUGUGUAAACAAAUACUGUAUAAGAGAAGGAUGGUAACCCUUUACACACCUGGCUUGGUUUACUUGCUGAAAUGCUUAAUUAUAAUAAUUAUAAGUUUUUAUUUUAUCGGGGUCACAUGUGGCCUUUACAUUAAUGUUAACCACCAGCCUUGUGAGUAUGCGUACUGAGUUUUGUUGUCUAAUGUAGACUGUCCAUAGUUUGAUGUAUCAGUUAUUGUGUAUUUGAUAACAUUCACAAAUGUGACUGUAAGUUGAUAAAACACGUGAUAUAUGUGUGUAUGUUAAGUGUUAAACAAUUGUUUAAAAUGUUUGGUUUUAUAAACAUUCUGUAAAGGACAUUUUUUCAUUAUUAAUUUGAAAAUAUGACUGGUAUUAUUACUAAUGCCAAUAACUGAAUUUAUUACUGCUUUCCAAGCCAUCUAAACUGAGUGUGUGAAGUCAAUAGUCAGUUUGAAGUCCUGUCUACUUUCACUUAUCCACUCGAUGACUUGUCUACUUUCCAAGCCAUCUAAACUGAGUGUGUGAAGUCAAUAGUCAGUUUGAAGUCCUGUCUACUUUCACUUAUCCACUCGAUGACUUGUCUACUUUCCAAGCCAUCUAAACUGAGUGUGUGAAGUCAAUAGUCAGUUUGAAGUCCUGUCUACUUUCACUUAUCCACUCUAUGACUUGUCUACUUUCACUUAUCCACUCAAUGAUUUGAUGUCUAGUCUACUUUUAUUUAUCCACUCAAUGUCUUGACUACUUUUAUUUAUCCAUCUGAUAUCUCAUCUACUUUUAUUUAUCCAUCUGAUGUCUCAUCUACUUUUAUUUAUCCAUCUGAUGUCUCGUCUACUUUUAUUUAUCCAUCUGAUGUCUCGUCUACUUUUAUUUAUCCAUCUGAUGUCUCGUCUACUUUUAUUUAUCCAUCUGAUGUCUCGUCUACUUUUAUUUAUCCAUCUGAUGUCUCGUCUACU